AUGCUUGGUAGAGGUGUGGUGUUGGUUGCUUCCCUGGUGGCGGUGUCCGUGGCAUCCCCAGUUUACGGACCUCUCUCCUAUGGACCAGCACUCUCGUACGGCUACGCCGCCAAAGCCAUCCAGCCGUUGCACACGGUAGCAGCCGCACCGGUCCUACAUGCACCUGCCGUCGUCGCUGCUGCCCCAAUUCUGAAGCACGUCGAGGCCUAUGAUCCCAACCCUCAUUACAGCUUUAGCUACGGAGUAUCCGAUCCUCAUACCGGUGACUCGAAGCACGCGGAAGAAACGCUUGCCAACGGUGUCGUCCACGGUAGCUACUCGCUCACGGAACCAGACGGUACCAUUCGCAAGGUGACGUACACGGCCGACAAGAUCCACGGGUUCAAUGCCGUUGUGGAGAAGAGUGGCCAUGCUGUCCACGCGACGCCCGUUCUGAAGAAGGUUGUCGCGGCCGCCCCACUGGUGCACGCUGCUUUGCCGUACUACCACCACUGA